AAUCGGCUCUCAAACGCCGUCGUUUCAUCUUCAUCUCCAUCUCCAUCUCCAUUCCCCCCUUUCUCAACGCUCCCCCCCUUUCCUCCUUCCUCUAUCCUCUGAAACCGCCUCCGAAGACCUAGAUUCCCUUUUUGUUUUUCGUCUUCUUUAUCCUCAAUCUCCAUGUUUCAUUCUCAGGAUUUUGAUGGUAUGUUAGCUGGUUGAAAAUAAUUGGACUGAUUUAGUAGCUGCAGAAAAAUGGGGAAAAGGAGUGGUUUGUACAUAAUGACCGCUGACUGCAGACAACGUUUGGACAGAUGACACUCCAGUGUCCAAUUUUGUAAGAUCUGUGGAUGGCUGGAUCUUGAAUCUAUUAUUCAUUUUCUGGACUUGUUGAAUGACUAGCAAAACAGAAUUGAACAGAUACAGAAAUGGGUUUUGUAUUUGUGAAGAGAAUGGAAGAAUUUGUGGAAUUCGAUUCUUGUAAAUAUCAGUGAACUGGACUGACCAAAUCAGAUGGAAGAUAUGAAUGAGCAAAAACAGGAGAAUAGUGUUCUUCGUUGAUAUUUCAUCUACGCACUCAUUUGGUAGCUGGAUCAUAUAUUCCAUUGAUCAGGCAUUUGUGAAGCCAAGGAGCUGACAAAAUGGUUCUUAUAGAACAGAAUCUCACCAUUCGUCUGCGGAAGGCUUUGAAGACCAUUACAAAAUUAUUGUAUAGGGGAAGCAUGAAUCCAUAGACAAGCUAAAAACUGAUGCUGGUGUUCUGGCUUAUUAUUAAGGAGCUAUGAAGACAGUGAUACCUUUCACAUGAACAUUAUCCAAACUGCUCCAUCUGCUGAAAUUCACUUUAUAUUGACAUUGGGAAUUCUGGUUCAGGGAAGAAAGUUUGAUAUGACGAAGAUUGUUUUUGUGUUUUUUGCGGGGUUGGACCCCAUUUCUUUGAGGGGGUUUCUCUUGUGGGCUUGUUUUCUGUGUGCCCCUAUAUUCUUUCAAUAAAAGUUAUUUUUACUAAAAAAAAGACCACUUUUGUGUUUUCUAUUCUACAAGCUUUUGGAGCCGAACUAUUUUUGUACUCUUAUUGCUACUUUGCAUGCUCCUCUUUCAGAUUCUCUUUUUCUCAAGUCUGCUCAAAGAAAUAUUAAAAACGAGAUCUUUCUUGCCUCUUACUGAACACAGAAAAGUUGUUUGUUGAGGAGUUUCUAUUCCUGCAAUAAUGUCAUUUUACCAUGGAUUUAUGAAAUACAGAAAAUUACCUUGAAAAAUACUUGAAAUUAUUUUAAUGAUAUUUCGAGUAAAUUAUAAACUCAUGUGUCAUGUUAACAUAUUUUCAUCUUUUCCGUAAUCUGAUUUUAUAUUUUCUUUUGCUAGUCAUUUGUUGUUCUCUGCUAAUAGUUAUUAUCUGGAAGUUCUAAAAUGUGCCAAGUAAUUUUCUAUAAGAUAUUGAUGCUCACCAUUGGAGCAUUAUUGUAAUUUUUCAGACUAAGAACAAGAAUCUGCUAGUUAAUAAAUUGAAAGUUGAACAACUAUUUGUUUUGCAGGGUUUAUGAAUUUUCUCAAUUGCAUGGCUUAUCUAACCCCUGGAUAGUGAAGAAGAGAUUUGUAAAUAUUCUAAUAGUUGAUCUUUAGGAUAUAGUUUGUAGAUAAGGAUUGUUCUUGUAGAUGAAUAUGGAAACAGAGUUAACUAAGGUUCUGCAUAAUGGCCAAAAGAUUGUUGUGGGUUUGAAGAGGAAAAGGGCAAAUCAAGGCACGGCACAUGCUGGAGCUGGCUACAAAGCUUUUUUGUCCAAGUUGUCUUCAUCUAGGAACAAACAUGCCAAGUCCAGGAGACUUGAUGACUGUGAAGUCAGUUGUGGGCCAAACUCAAGGAGAUCUUUUCUUAGAAACUACAAAAAUUUUAGUAGAAGUGGACUACCCCAGAGGUUUUUAUAUUACGAAGAUGGGGAUUGGGUAGAUUACCCUCAAAUAACUGUCAAGUUGAUUAGGGAACAGUUUCAGAUUAAAAAUGCGGCAAUUGAAGUUGAAUUUAAUGGUCGUCAUUUGCUGCUAGAUGCUUUGUAUAUGAUACAAGUGGAACUGAAAACAGCUAUCCAGCAGCACAUUGCUUGGAUUGAUGACAAUGAUCGAUGUUUCUUUCCAGAAUUUUAUUCUGGUGACAGUGCGAUGCAUCAGUACCAUCCAUAUGAGCUGGAAGAUGCUUCUGCUGUUGCAUUAUCAGGCCAUACAGGAAUGAGAGAGAUCAAUUUGCAUCUUGAAAUUGGAUUAACUGAAGCAAAUAUUUCAAAAUUGGAAGAGUAUGUUGAAGAGUCAAAUAGAGAUACUAAGAAAUCUAAUAUCAAAGAAAAAACUCGUGAUAUUGUUGGGGUUUUGGAAGAAGGCAGUGAAACUAGAAGUCAGAAACCAGUUGCUGAAACGCAGGAGGCUGUUGGAGGAAUAAAAGAGAUUGGUUGUUAUUCGAUGCCUCAAAAUGAAUUAAUUCAUUCAACUGUGAAUUCGGAUGAUGUAAAAAAUAUGUUCUUAAUGAGCAUGGAAUCUAUUAAGAACAUUGAAAUACUUGAGGUGAAACGCUGGUCUAGUCCUUUAAUGCAGGAUCGACUGGAUCUGUUUCAUAAACAAAUAGAGACAACCAUGAAAAAUUGUGGGAAUGCCAAUGUUCAGUAUGGUUGGCUAGCUCUGAAUAAGGAUACUUUAUCUGGUAGAAUGCCAUAUGGUGGGGUAGGCCAUUCUGGACUGAAGCCUACAUCCUUAUAUGAUGUUCGCCUUUCACCUUCAAGCUGCGCAAAUCUUAGUGCAAGCUAUUGCGAUGAUGAUGAAAAAGGGGUUAGAUACAUAGCAUUCUGUCAUGUCAUAUUGGGAAAUGUGGAAGUUGUCGCUCCUGGAUGUGGACCAUAUCAUCCCAGCUCUGUAAACUUUGACAGUGGAGUAGACGACCUUCAUAAUCCAAGUCAAUAUUUAGUUUCCUAUGUUAAUAUGAAAAGCCACAUUUUUCCAGAGUAUGUUGUAAGUUUCAAGAUAUCAUCAAGUCCUCUUGAACGUGGGCGACAGGACCAGUUGCAGUUAAAUUGCUCUUCAAUUGAAUCAGAGGAGGAUUGCGUGUCUUCGCCAGCUCCCAAAAAGAGAUGCUCGGAAAAGCAUGAUCAUGGAUCUAGCUCUUUGAAGACUCCGAAGUCCCCCUGGAUGCCUUUUCCAAGGUUGUUGAAUGCCAUUUCAAAAGACGUUUCUCUCAAUGACAUGAAAUUGGUUUAUGGUCAUUAUGGCUUAUUUAGAGAAAAAAAGAUCAGCAGGGAUGAAUUCGUAAGAAGGUUGAGGUCCAUUGUUGGGGAUCAGUUACUGAGGUCUACGCUAACGAGUCUCCAGUGUAAGCCACCUCCGAAGUCUCCAUGUACUUCAAAAGUUCCAAAGGAGGAAGAAUGUUGAGGCUGUUGGUAAGAGUCUGUAUUUAGGUGCUUUCCGUCAUGGGGGUUACUAAUGUACAUGGUGUCUUACUCUUAUUUUGCCUUUGAAUUUGUCGACCUGAUGUGUGACAUCUCGAUAUAGGCUAUAUAUAAGACAGUUCCUAUUUCAUAUGUACCUCAGUUAAUUGCUUAUUUAUGUAUUCUCAGUCAAUUGCUUCUAUUCUUCUUA